AUGUCGCGAGCCUCGUGGAGCAGCACAGGCUCGGACGCCGAGGUACGACAUCACUUCGACCAGCCGUUCGACCAUGACCCGCAUCAGUGCCUCGAACAGGAGAAGCGGCGAGCAGAUCAUUACGAGAGCGAGCAGGAACAUGACGAUCGAACAGACGACGACUUGGAUGUAGCGUCGCUCAACGAGUCCCUCGACAGCUUCGAGGAUGCAGAACCACCAGAUGCACCGCCAUCUCAUCCCGAGCCGGACUUCCUCGACGAGCUGGAAGAUCAUACAAAUCAAGCCAUCUGUCGUAUCUGUCUCGAGUCUGCAUCAAGUGAUGUGUCAGGUGGCGAGUCUUUGGGCCGCCUCCUUUCGCCCUGCAGAUGCAAAGGCACCAUGAAGUACGUUCAUGCCACUUGCCUCGAUCAAUGGAGAGCUGCCUCUGCUCGAUCCUCGUCCGCCGUCGCAUGCGAUCAGUGUGGGGCUCCCUACCGCUUUCGCAAGUCCAAGUUCGUCGGCCUGGCCACAUCACCAACGCUUCUCUUCAUCGUCAGCCUCUUCCUCUUCCUGAUGUUGAUCUGGACCGUCGGUGUCAUCGCCACGUUCUUCAUGGACGUCUACGAUCGCCCUUCUGCAGCCAAAUCUCCUUCUUCCGCACGCAGCUCCAAGACAAGAAGCUGGUGGCCUUGGCGAGGCUCUGCACUGGACCCAGAUUUCGACGUUGCAGAGGCGAACGCAUGGUCUUACCUCGACGCGGACUACACCCCCGGCUUAUGGAGCUACAGCAAUCUGAUGUACGAGCCCGCGGCGUACGUCAAGCUCGUCAAGGAGGCGGUGAGGUCCUUUGCCUCAGGCGAGGCCGCCGAUGCCGUCAGGGAAGUCGUUGGCCUGCAAGACGCAAUCGAAGAGCCGCAAGCUACCCAAGAAGAUCCGCAGCAGCAGCGAGGUUUCUGGUCCGCACUGAAGUACGAAUGGAUGUACGGCGACGGCGGCUUGUGGGAGAAGAAAGCUUCUUCGACCUCGGUUUUGUCUGAUGCGCAAUCAGCUCACUUCACGGCAGGAUCCGGCGCUGGAGGCAUCAAUCCAGAAAGCUCGUCUCCCUCAAAGCCAAAACCUCGAGAGAAGUACGACGCAAGGGCCGCCUCCGACGCCGACGAUAUCUUAGCCAAGAAGCGUCGUCGGAAGAAGGCGAAGAAGGCGGCCCGUCGUUCGCAGCUAGACGGCACCGAGCCGCAAGGAUGGCUCAACAGGCUCUUGAUACAGUUCUCCGUCGGUUUCUCACUGGUCGGCAUUCUGUCGUUCGUCAACAUCCUCGUCGGCGCAUCCUUCAUCGGACCCAUCAACCUACACAACUUUGGACUCGGUCGAUCCUUUGCCCGCAUGACUUCGGGCGGUCGCGGCCGCAACGGCAACCAGGAAGGCGUCAACAUCGCCUCGAUCCUCAUCGUGCUGCUCGUCAUGAUUGGCGUGGUGCGUGCGUUGCUCGUCGUAUACAAGCUGGUUCGCAAGUCGGCCAGGAGAGGGCUGAGCAGGCUUGAGGCUGUCAUUGUGGACUGGAACUACGAAGGCGACACAGACGUGGCCACUGGAGACAUUGUCACAGCGACACGCGAUACCCUAGACCAGAACGCCCCACGGCAGAGGCACGGCUUUGUGCAAGCAGACGACAAUUGA